AUGAUGAUUCUCAUAUCUACCAUAAUUAUUGAUGGUGGUGAUACACCUGCAGAUGGUGUUGUUGCUGCUGAACGUGAUGUUGCUGCUGAACGUGAUGUUGCUGCUGAACGUGAUGUUGCUGCUGAACGUGAUGUUGCUGCUGAACGUGAUGUUGCUGCUGAACGUGAUGUUGCUGCUGAACGUGAUGUUGUUGCUGAACGUGAUGUUGUUGUUCGUGUACCUAAUGUUGUUGCAGCUGUUGUUGUUGUUCGUGUGCCUAAUGUUGUUGCAGCUGUUGUUGUUGUUCAUGUAUCUAAUGUUGUUGCAGCUGUUGGUGUUGUUCUUGUACCUAAUGUUGUUGCAGCUGGUGUUGUUGUUCCUGUAUCUAAUGUUGUUGCAGGUGAUGUUGUUAUUAAUGAUAUUGCUCCUACUGCUUCUCUAUAG